CUUUUAUUAUUCAAGUCUUUCGAGAUGCAUUUCACGACGCUUUUGACGGCUACCGCCGCCGCGGUGCCUCUGGUCGCUGCCCACGGUGGUGCUCCUAGAAUCUUUGGUUUGGGAGAGGGUGCUUUGAGGCCCAGAGAUCUCGGUUUCGCGGCUCGUCGCGCUGCUACGCCGCACUCUCAUAAGAUCAACAAAAGACAAGGCGGAGUUGACGGACAGUGUGGUCCCUCUGCGAAUGGAGCCAAAUGUGACGACGGUUACUGCUGUUCAGGAGCUGGCUGGUGCGGAACUGGCGAAGAAUACUGCGCUGCUCCUGAUUGUCUCAUCGAUUUCGGUACUGGAUGCGACGCCCAUGCCAUUCCUAACGGAGAGAGCACUAUCAACGUGCCCAGAACCCAGCUUGGUAGCAUCGAGUAUGGUGGCGAGGGUAUCUACCCCUGCCGCGAGCCCGGCACUGUAGCCAUCACAUACGAUGAUGGACCGUACAUCUACACCGACGGCGUCCUCGAUCUAUUCGCUCAGUACAACAUGAAAGCCACAUUCUUCAUCACCGGAAACAACCUUGGAAAAGGCCCCAUCGACGAUGCUGCUACCCCUUGGCCAGCGGUCAUCACCCGGAUGAUGAAUGAAGGUCAUCAGGUCGCGUCUCACACCUGGUCCCACCAGGAUCUCAGCGCUAUCACUCAUGAUCAGCGUGUUGAGCAGAUGGUCAACAACGAGAUGGCUCUCCGUAACAUCUUGCAGAAGUUUCCCACUUACAUGCGUCCCCCAUACUCCUCCUGCACUGCGGCCAGUGGUUGCGAACAGGAUAUGAAGGACCUCGGAUACGUUGUCGUCUACUUUGAUAUUGAUACCACCGAUUACCUCAACACCACUCCCGACAAGAUCCAGAAUGCGAAGGACGUGUUCGCCGGCUACAUCCAGAACAGCAAUCCCACUACGGACACUUUCCUCUCCAUCGAACACGAUAUCCACCAACAGACUGCUCAGAACUUGACUGUUUACAUGCUUCAGAUGCUUCAGGAUAAGGGCUACCGCGGUGUUACCGUCGGUGAAUGCUUGGGUGACCCCGAGGCCAACUGGUACCGUGCUUCUUCUGGAAAAAUCGUCACCUCUUCUUCCGCUAGGCCUUCAGCGACUCAGACGUCUUCCGCCGCCCCUACCGCUACCCCUACCGGCGUUUCCGUCGAUGGAACUUGCGGUGCCGCUGUUGGACUGACCUGCCUUGGAUUUAGCGAGGGCUCUUGCUGCUCACCUGCCGGCUGGUGCGGUGCCACUGAAGCAUACUGCGGCACAGGCUGCCAAUCCGGCUUCGGCACAUGCGGCAAAUCGACCACCGACGUCCCCUCCUCCAGCGCUCCAUCCGCCACCACCGGUUCCUCAUCCAGCGCAGCUCCCUCCGCCGCGCCUUCAAAUGUUACCCCCUCUGUCAACGGCCAAUGCGGUCCUGCUCUCGGGUUCACCUGCAAGGGAUGGGCUGAGGCUUCUACCGUCGGAGAAUGCUGCUCCAACAGUGGAUGGUGCGGUUCCAGCACCGAUCACUGCUCCGCAGGUUCUUGCAACCCAGCGUACGGUGUCUGCGAGGGCUCAAACUCCGCAGCCCCGUCGUUCUCUCUCAGCCUUUCCGCCUCUGCGUCCGCGUCCGCCUCCGCCAUCACGAGUGCGUCUUCCUGCGCCGACCCUCUCGCUACAGUAGCCGCAGAUGGAUCGUGCACUACAACCGUUCGGUCCACGACCACCAUCUCCUCCGCCGCUGUCAUCCCAACGACCUCUGUCGCUCCCGUCCCAUCCGCCACUUCUACCUCCACGGCUCCCGCACAACCUACCAAGGCGCCAUCCACCCCGGUCUCCACCAACGGUCGCUGUGGAUCCAGGAAUGGAGGUACGACGUGCAAGGGCUACAGGGGUAUCUUCAACUGGCAAAUGGAGUGCUGUGGUGUCACUGGAUUCUGUGGAAACGACUUCUUCUCGUGCCGUGUCAGGUGCCAGAGUGAGUACGGCAACUGCUGGUAAGCGGUUGAUGCGAAAUCAUGAUGUGAUGAGGGUGUUGGGAGUGUGGGAAAUCUACACAGGAGAGUGUAUAUACUGGCGAUUGAGUUGAGUUGCGUUGGAGGUGUGUAUAGAUGUGCGUGUAUGAAUAAGAAAAUAUGAAAGUAAAUAAUAUCUCUCCCAGAGCUCAUCUGAUCUGCAUUGUUUGUUCUAUCACUGUAAUGCUCCGACGUUUAACUGCACGUGUAUUGGGCGAUGCCAAUGCCCAAUCUGUGAAUAUAAUGAUGGUAUUGGGAUCGAAUCUCUCUACCUCAGCACUCAUCCAAUCCCAAGGCACUGGAGUAAUUGAUCGCCAUGCCGCUACCCACAUCACCCAUAAUCCAGCGAGCGAAAUCGACCCAUUCUAGUCGCACACAUCCACUGUUCCAUUUCCGUUCCAGCUCGAACGACCCCCAUACCGCGCCAGUCUCUUCGUUCCAACUACUUCUCAAAAUCAAAUCAGGUAUACACAGUCCU